AAAGUGAAUCUCAUUGUUGGGGUAUUACGGUUCGAAAGAAUUACUCUCACAUAAGGGAAGGAAAUUGCACAUUCUGUUGAACUUACGGGUCCACAACUCGUGGUUUCAGUCAAAGAACAUCAAGUUUCUCAUGGGCCUUCGGGAUACCUUUGGUGCUUCCCGCAGUCAACUUUUGCUCACUAGUGUUCUUCCUGCAGUUCAUCAAGCAUACAAUCUGCUUCUCCAAGAUGAAACGCAACGCCUCCAAACGCAAUCAUACCACAAUGACACUCACUCUGCUCUCAUGGUUGCACCUCCUGCUCAGUCAUUGCAACCAUCUGUCCAGGCCCAUGCCGCUUCUUCGCGUCAUCCACCACCUCGCUCUAAUUCCUCAAGUCGGUCACGCUGCACUCAUUGUGGAAUCCCGACUUGGUCAUACCCAAAAAGUUUGCUAUCGCUUACAUGGUUAUCCCCCGGGGCACAAAUAUUAUAAGAAGGGCAAUACACAUAGCAAUUCUAGUGC